CACCACCACGCCCGGCUCCCAGUAUUUUUAAGUACAAACUUAGGGUGUAGCAUACAUUGAAACUGAUAAGUUUGAGGAGAGUACUCUUAGAGAAGGGUACCCAUGGAGAUCAUGGUCAGUAGUAGUAAUUAGAGUAUCUUAGUCUGAGUUAGUGUGAGGUAUUCAACCUAUUCAGGCUUUUGAGAAUACAAGUGCUAUCACCAUUUCAAUAAAAGUACAGCCUCCAUUUGCUGAGGAACCAUCUAAUUUGCUACCAACAGGAAGCCUUAUAUGUAGACACUGUAGCUAAAGCCAUGGAACGUACAGCCUCAUUUCUAAGUUAAUGCUUGUUCCUUUCUGCCAUUCCUCACUUUUUCAUUCAGUUUGUCUUUUGGGGAAGCCUGAUAAUACCUGGUAUUUGAUGCACUUUAGCCAUCUAGAAGGGAAUGUUGCUUUCCGACCACCAAAAUAACCAAUAGAGCCGGGCGUAGUAGCGCAUGCCUUUAAUCCCAGCACUCGGGAGGCAGAGGCAGUUGGACUUCUGAGUUCGAGGCCAGCCUGGUCUACAAAGUGAGUUCCAGGACAGCCAGGACUACAGAGAAACCCUGUCUUGAAAAACCAACCAACCAACCAACCAACCAACCAAACAAGAAAACCCAAUAGAUCUGUACCAUUGGUAAAAUCCUGGAAGAAUUCCUUAUUUGAAAUUUAUAUAUUUAUUAAGCAUUAAUCAUCAAAACCAGGAGGAAUUUGUUUUGUUUUUAAUUUCUUCUGAUUUCUGCCUUUAUUAGUAGUUAAUUUAUAGGGAUAUUAUUUUUAUCAAAAUCAAGCCGAGCCACACCUCCAGCCUUGCUUUCCUUCUUCCCUACCAGUGUAGCCUGCCAGUGACAGUGCGCUGACAAAGGGAACACUAGUUCUUGGAAAUAGGAUUCUGGAGUUUUGCUUUCAAAUGCUAAGCUGCUUGAGGUCAGAAGACCUAAUAGUAAGGUAUUAGGAGAGAGAAUCGGUGACUAAAUUAAAGUAAUUGCUGCUUCUUGUCAGUUUUUUGAGGGGGAGCGGAGAGGGACGGGCAUUUGAUUCAGCAGAAGUAUCUUAGUGUUCAGACCUUAGGAGGAGGCGGGGCUGGUACUGCUUUGAGGAGCCAGGAUGUGUUUACCUGUCUGAGGGUCAGCUCCUCCCACUAUUUCCUACAGAGCAUUACCUAAUCUUAUGUCUGGUUUCCUCAUUGUGAUACUAUUCAAGUGUCCUGCAGUAAAAGCAAAAUCUCAUCAAGUUUGCUCGCUGCUCCCUUUGCGUCCUGUGAAGUUAAAAAUGGCUGGUGUAGAAACCUUAAACACAUCACAGGCAAUCUCUAGUACUAAGGGGGUCUCCACAAAGAAGACCUGUGUGUUUGCAAAGAGAAUUUUUGACUUGUAAUGAAGCUUUUCACAAAAUGGCUGCUUCACAAUUGUAUUUUACAAAGCUGACUCGGGUAUUUGUAGCUUAUUUUCUUUAGUAGGACAAGCUCCUGGGGUAGCAUUUUCCAUGGUAGUUAAUUUCCCUCAACACAUACCAGAGGUGGGCUUUUCCUUCUGAUGGAAUGUCUUCAGCAAGUCAUUAUCCUAACACAAAGAAGUAUGUGCUUUUUAAAACAAUAUUAAACUAUUGGUAGCUCCCGUUAAUAGAUUUAUCUACAAUUAGCUAAUAUAGGGCUCAUUUAUAAACUGCAGUCUUUAAAACUAUAAAACUGUGUACAUAUCUCAUUUAUGUCAUCCCCGCAUAAAAGAACAAUGUAGGAUAGUGAGAGUUAAGUUUAAAAGUUUAAAGACAUAUUUCUAAAAUGUUAAUCUGAUAGAAAUGCAAUUCAUGAGCUAGGAGUUUGGCUCAGUGAUAGAAUGUUUCCCUAGUAUGCAUGAAGUCUUGGGUUUGAUACCCAACCCUGCAAAAAGAAUGAAAAGGAAAAUGCAUAUUUACCUAAGAGUCUCAAGCAAAAAUCAUCUUUUAGGGGAUAUUUAUGUUUAAAAGACAUGGACAGAAAUUUAUUGGUUAAAAGGUAAAUAGACAUGUUACCUACUAACCUUGGAAAAUGUAACUCUCCUUUUCUCAUCUGUAUAUCACCCCCUAUAUCAUCUGUAUAUGUUCCAGCAUUGGAUGUCACUGCACAUGUCAUAAUCCCAGUACUUGGGAGGUAAAGUAAGAGAGCCAACCAACCUUGGAUACAUAUUGAAGUGAGUGAGUUCAAGGCCAGCCUAGGCUAAAUGAGACUCUCAUUAAAGAAAGAGAGAGAGAGAGAGAAAGAGAGAGAGAGAGAGGAAGGAAGGAAGGAAGGAAGGAAGGAAGGAAGGAAGGAAGGAAGGAAGGAAGGAAGGAAGGGAAGGAAGGAAGAAGAAGGAGAAAAAGAAAAGAAAAAAUGUUUUAACUUUAACUUAAACAGGGGACUAGAGAGAUGGCUCAGCAGUUAAGAGCACUGACUGCUGUUCCUGAAGUCCUAAAUUCAAUUCCCAGUAACCACAUGGUGGCUCACAACCAUCUGUAAAUGGGAUCCAAAGCCCUCUUCUGGUAUGUCUCAAGACAGCUACAGUAUACUCAUACAUAAAAUAAAUAAAUCUUAAACAAAACAAAACAAAAUUAACUUAAACCUAAGUUGUCCUUCAGUGGGUAAAGUGUUCUUGGCUUUGCACAGCUGUUAGGACUGUUGUUUAAAGCCUGCAGUUGGGAGAGGCUUCAGCAGUUGAGAGCACAGGCUGUUCUUGCAGAGAUGGGGUUCGGUUCCCAGCACCUACAUGGAUGCUCACAACUGUCUCUAACUUCCAUUCCAGGGGAAUCUAAUACCCUCUGCAGGUAUCACAAGGCACACAUGUGGUGCACUACAUAUAUGUUGGCAAAAUAUUCAUACACAUAAAAUUUAAAAUAUCUGAACUGGAGAUGGCUCAGAAGUUAUCUUAGCACCCUAAGAGUGCACACAACCAUCUGUAACUCCUGUCACUGGGGAACUAGUGCCCUCUUCUGGCUUGUUUAGGUACUCGCAUACGUGCAGUACACAUGAACUUAGGUAGGCACAACACAAACAUAUAAAUAAUACUUUAAAAUAAAUCUUUAAAAUACUUUUUAAAAAUUUUCUUAGCCCAUUAGGCAGUUGACUGACUAAACCACAGAGCUGCUUUUAACUUCCAUCCACCUCACUCCUGGUUCUUUCUGCUGUAGCAGACUGUUGGCGUGUACUGUUCAUCAGUAACUGGAGGGGAAAUGCAUGACUUGCCUGCAGUCUUCUUUUUCUUUAUUCUUGGCAAUGCCAUAUAAAUAAUAUUGGACACUUGUGUUUUCAGUUAACAUUUUAAGUAUAUAAUGAUAUAGUAAAAUCAAAAUAAUAUUGACUAUUGAAAAGUGAAUUGAGGGGAUGGAGAGAUGGUUCGUCAGUUAAAUGCACUUGUUGUUCUUUCAGAGGACCCAGGUUCAGUUACCAGCACCCAGAUGGUGGUUUAUGACCAUCCGUAACUCCAGUUCCAGGGGAUCCAGUGCUAUCUUCUGACCUCUUCUGGUACCAAGCACACAUGUAAUGCAUGUGCAGAUAUGCAGACAAAGGACUUGAACAUCAAAUAAAAGGAACAUAUCUUUGAUAAAUUGUAAGUGAAUUGAAAAAAAAAAAGUAGGGGAUGGAGAAAUGGCUCUGUAGUUAAGAGCACUGGCCGUUCUUCCAGCUGAUCUGGGUUUGAUUCCCAGUACCAACAUGGCAACUCAUAACUCUGUAAUUCCAGUUUCAGGGAAUCUGCCACCCUCUUUGUGUCUCUUAGGCACUAGGCAUGCAUGUGAUAUAUAGAUAUACAUGCAGGCAACACACACACAUACACAAAUCACACUCAAAAACUGUCUGUUUUUUAAGGAGCAAUCUAAUAGUAAUAACAACAAUAAAAAAGACAAACAACUUGGCAUGGUGAUGCGUGCCUGUAAUGCCAGCACUGUGGAGGCAGUGGAGGAAGCCUGCGGAUGAUCUGUUAGAGCAAGUUCCAGGCCAAGGCUACAUAGUGAGACCCUGUCUCACAAACCAAACCAAACCAAACCAAACCAAACCAAACCAAACCAAACCAAACCAAACCAACAAACAAACAAAAUCCAAAUCUAAAUUGAAUGAACCUUGCUUCUGUCUUGCACUUGUGAUGAAGCUGACAGAGGUAGAAAAAACCCUGAGCAUUUCUAGUCACACUUGAAACUGCUUGAACUCUUAGGUCAGGUAGCCUCUUACAAUGAGGGUAAUGAGAGCAGCCUCGGGUAUUGUGUGACCGUGAGCAGGAGUCAUGUCACUGGAGUUCCCCAGGCCCACAGUUAACCAUGUUUUAUUUCUCCCUCUCAUUCAGGCACCCCUAACCCAAACUCCUUGUCGCCUUUGAAAAGGAGUGAGUGAGUUUUGUUCUUCAGUGCCAAGCUUUAGGAUAAGCUCUGACUCUAAACUAUCUCCCAAGAUGUUUUCCUGACUGAGGUACAAAUGAGCAGUGGAAGGCCAUAUUACAAUACAAUUAUAAAGAAGAAUGAUGUAUUUCCACAUGAGAGCCCAUAGUAAUGGUGUUUUGUUGAUCAGGUUAUAACAGAUGAAUAUCAUUAUUCAGCAGAUGCUCUCUUUGUUCCCUGUUCUUGUCACAAUUGCUCAAUUUAAUAAAAAGUAAUUGAUUAAAUUGUUAGCCUUGUAGUCAGGAAUCUAGAGAAGAUAAGGAACGAGAGACUGAUUCCCUCUGCAGAGUUCCCUUCCACCACCUCUUACCUGUCUCAGUCAUUGCUAACAGGGUUCAUCUGUGUCGGUUGUUAGAACGCUCUCAAAUGCAGCAGAGGCUACAAAGAGUACAUUUCUAAAGGAGAACUGGGAUAGAAUUGAUAUACAAUACCCUUUGUCUUCUUGGAUGUUUUUCUUUGCUUAAUUUUAAAAAUUAAUAUCUAAAGAUUACAUUUAUUGUAUUAAUAGGUAUCAUGUGUUUUGAUACACGUAUACAUUACAUGAUGUUUUUAAGAUGGUCCUACUAUGGCUGGUCCUUCUGUGGUUCCAGAUGCAGCUGGCCUGGAACUCACUAUGCUGACUACAUAGUGAAUAGGUCUUGAACUCAUAGAGGUCCACCUUCCUCUGCAUCCUGAGUGCUAGGAUUAAAGAUGUGUUCCACCAAGGCCAGCUACAUUGCAUAAUUUUUAGGUCAGUUGAAAUACAUAUUUAUCAUUUUUUAAAAAAUUUACUCUAUUUUUAAAUUGUAUUUACUCUCAUUUUUAUUUGCCUGUCUGUAUUCGUACACCACCUUCAUUCUGUACCCACAGAGGCCAAGAAAGGGCUUUGGAUCCCCAGGAACUAGAGUUACAGAUAGUUGUGAACCUCUAUGAGGAUGCUAGAAAUUGAACCCGGGUUCUCCGGGGGAGCAGCCAGUGGUAACUGCUGAGCCAUCUCUCCAGUCGCCAUUAUUGCUUCUUUAUGCUGAUAAUAUAUGAAAUCUUUAUUCUAGCUUUUUAAAAUAUGUAGUACAUAGUAUCUGUUGUCACUGUAUUGUGUAGAUGCACCCAGGACCUCUGAGCCUCCUUUACUGUAAUUAGUGCCCAUUGAGCAGCUUUUUCCAGCCCCUCUCCACUCACUGCUUCGGGCCCUAGGAACCACCACUCUACUCUCAGCUUCUGUUAGAUCAGAUUUUAUAGAUUCCAUAUGGUACUCUGUCUUUCUGUGCCUGGCUUAUUUAUUUAGCCUAGUGAUAUCCUGUACCUGCUUUGUGCUCACAAGUAACAGAUUAUUUCUUUUUAUGGCUGGUUAACAUCCCAUUGUGCCUGUGUUCCAUAUUUUCUGUAGUCACUCAUCAGUUGAUGGACAUUUAGGUUGAUUCCAUUCUUGGCACUUGUGAAUAGUGUUGCUGUAAGCAUCCCAGUUUGCUCUUUUUGCUCAAAAUUACUUUUGCUAUUCAGGGUGUGAAUAGCACACACACACACACACACACACACACACAUAAAUCUAGAAAAACAAAAAUCAGAAACAAAAGCCUGUCAGUGGUGGCUUUAAUCUCAACAUUCAGGAGGCAGACACAGGUGAAUCUCUGAGUUCGAGGCCAGUGGUCUUCAGAUCAAGUUUCAGGAUGAAUAGGGCUACAAAGAGAAACACAAACACAGAACAAAAUAAAUCUAGAAUUGUUUUUGUCUAGUGCUUUAUAGAAUGCCACUUAUAUCUUCAUAGAGAUUAUGAAAUUACAUGUGCAGAACUGAGUAGUAUGAACAUUUAACAGCAUCCAUCCUUCUAGCCUAAGAGAGCUAUAUGUCUUCAAUUUUUUUGUCAGUGUUGCAGAGUUUUCACUAUAGAGCUCUUUCACUUCUUUGAUUAACUUUAUUCCGGGGUAUUUUACUUUAUUGUAUAUUGUUAGCUACAAUUUCUGUUUCUGUGAUAAAUCACAACGACCAAAAGCAACUUGGGGAAAAAGGGUUUAUUUCAACUUACACUGGAGUCACACUCCAUUACCGCGGGAAGUCAGGGAAGGGAUUCAGGUGGGAACCUGGAACCAGGAACUGAAGCAGAGGCCAUGGAGGAGUGCUGCUUCCAUGACUCCCUAAUGGCAUGCUUAGCCUUUUUUCUCAUAUAACCCAGUGGCAUCUGCCACUUACAUUACAUGGGCUGGGUCCUCUUACAUUAAUCAUUAAUCAGGAAAAUGACCAGCGGGCUUUGCACUCAAGCCAAUCUUGUGCUGGGCAUUCUGUCUUCUGAGGUUCUCUCUUCUCAGAUGACUCUAACUUGUAUCCAGUUGACAACAACAACAAAACCCAAAACAACAACAACAACAAAAACUAGCCAGCACACAUAAUUACCACAAAUGAGAUCGCUUUAAUCUCUAUUGAACACAAUUCACUGUUACUAUCUUUAGCAAUGCUACUGAUUCUUUAUAAGUUGUUUUUGCUUUUGCUUUAAGAAGGAAGAUCUACAGGCUGAGAGAGCCUGGGACCAGUAAGCACCUGAACAAGGCCCUAUGUUCCCUAGAUCAACCAAUCAGAAUCUUGUGGGGAAACAUGGCUGCAGUGCCUAACUUGUUUUGUGCUUGUUUUGGCUACUGGGAAAGCAUAGUAAAUCACAGAAUGCUGUAGAAAUUAAGGUAAAGUCACUUGUAAGAAUUCAGUUGCAGUCUGCUCAAAGGGCUAUCUCUGGUGGGUCUAAAAUAGUCUCCCUUCAGAAUGACAGCAAAUAUCAGUGAAUGUGUAAGGCUCUUAGCACAUUUGUUGCUGAUUAGGGCAAGUUUAAUUUGGCUAAGUUUGCUCUGGAUUUUAGUGUUUUAAUUAAGAAGGGAAGCUGGGUCGUUGGUUAGGGACAUUCUUUCCUCCUCUGGACUCAGCCUCACCCUUUCUCUGUGGUAAGAUGCAAAUGAGGCAGGAGGUGACCCAGCGAGCCUGUCCCACAGGUAUUUAUGUCCUCCUGGGUUUCUUUUCUUACUUAGUGCCUUGGGGUUGGUGUUUUGUGUUUGCUGAGGUUUUGGAUUUGCUUAGCAUUUGCUCACAAAGAUAGGGAAGAUAAUGAGCUGAAAGGCUGGAAUUCAACACUAGAGUAAUGGUUUGCUUUCCUUAUCUCUGUCUAAUUUCAAAGAGAACGAAGGUUUCUCUAACUUUUGUCUUAGCAGUUCUCCACUCAGUGUCAGGGACUGAAAUGGUUAGCACUCUAGAAAGCUUUCUUGUUUUUCUCUAGGGUUUCUCAUUCACGUUGUUUUGGUCUUGCAGAGCUUGGAUUUUGUAAUGUGCACUCCUGAGUAUAGAUAGAAGAACUGGGGUUUGGUAAUUAGUGAGAGAGCUCACUAUCUUACCUAUCUUUCUAUACAAACCCUGUGGCAUUUCAUGGUUUCGGGAUCCCUUAACAUGAAGUCCUGAGCACUUAAAACCAAGUAUGAGGGUGCCCUCGAAGGUGGGGGUGAGAGUCACAAAGCAGAAGCAGCAGUUUUCUCUGGGGUUCACUCAGCCCCAUGUAUAUGUAUACUCGGCCCUCGGUCCUCUGGGCUGUAUUUCUGUCAGGGCUAUUCUGUUCUCCUCUCCAUCUGACCUGAUUUUAUGGCAGUCACGAUGAGCAUGUUCAACAGGUAGAGCUGGAGACAGGAGAGUCUUUGCAGGCACCCUCAUGAGGUGAGAGAAAUUUUUUUUGGAAGCAGGAUCAGUUUCUUAAUGCAUUUGCUUCCUGGUGGAUGACAAAGUUAUGUUUUCACAAUAGAACCCUUGCUGUGCUAUGUAUGAGGGAGCUCGGAGUAGGAAAAGGUCAUCAUAUUUAUGCUUUCCCUAAGCUUCAUGUUGGCUAUUCCUGUUUCUAACUAUGACAUCUCAGAAUUGAUGUUCUUGGAAGGCUAGGAUGUGGUAUUCAACUCAAACAUAUUUAGUGAGAAACAAAUGUGGUUUUCUUUUAAAAGUAUAGUUUUAGAAAGAUGACUUGGGGGACAACAGCCUCCAGAGCAAAUUACCCCUCAGUUCACCUUCUUAAAACAGCAUUUAAAAACAUGGCAGGACACUGCUCCGGAUUCAAAUCUAUGUUUAUACACAUAUGUGCCAUGUAGAAACAUCUGUACAUACAUGAGGGUGAAUGAUUAUGAAAGUAGAAAACGAACCGUGGGAAGAGGACGGUUUUAAGGGAGAAGGAAGGAAAGAGGGAAAAAAAAACAGUAAUGGGAUAGUGUGACAUUAGCAAGUGGCAGGAAGAAAAGAGACCAGCAGAGCCAGGCAGGGAGGGUGUGCCUGGCAGGGCAGGAGGGGUGUGAUUAAGAACAAGGCACAGUGGCAUUUGUAUCACAGGCCAGAAUGAAAACCAUUGUUUUUGUGUGUUAAUUUUAAAAGGUUCGGUGAUUAAAUCUUAAACUAUUACCACAUCUGGAAAACUCUCAAGUUAUAUUUUAGUUACUCUGAUUGUAAGCAGAAAGGCUCUGAACAUGUCAGAAUUGCUUUUUCUUUGAAUCCCUUUUUCUUGGUAUAAAGACUUGUUAUUGAAAAUCUCCAGUUGUCUAUCAAAGUAGACUGAAUUUAUCGAAACACUUAGCAACUCUGGGGAGUUCUUAAUACCUACAUUUCAUGUUACCCCUUGCACUUUACUCUGAUAGAGACUUAAAAGGCUUUCUCUCUUUGAAAUCCCCCAUUUAGCCCAUUUAGUGGAUGGAAACUAGACACAUUGCUUUUGCUUUUCCUGCAUGCUGGGGAAACCACUGAUCCAGUCUCCCUCUCAAUUUACGUGACAAGAGGAAACGGGAACCUAAGUUUAAGGGAGUCGCUCUGCAGGUAGACAGCUGGCUGGAUCCUGUUUGAACUGGGGACCUGUGUUUACCAGGACUGCUUUGCUUUCUGCUGCCCGUUGAUCCACUAAGUGGUGGUGUCCUCAGCGUUUGCAUCUUUGGUCCUAGGUAAUUCUCUGCCCCACUGCCAUUUCUCCCAGUCAGUGGCAUACUGUGAGGUUCAAAACUGCAGAAACUCUUGGGAGAUGAUCCAGUGGGUUUCAGGCACCCAGUGGACAGUGGGGGAGUCACAAGAAGGGUGUCUGUCUGGUGAAACUGAAAGACUAGUGAUAAACGGGACAGUGAACAAAAGCUGCUGAAGUUGGGGAGAAUGUUAGCAGACUGCUUCAGAGUCAGUAGAAAAUGUCUUGGAAAAGAAAAAUCGGUACAGCAACAAGUUUUUCCUAAGAUCAUCAGUUUUCAAAGAGCAUGCUUUUUUGUUUAUGUAAAGAAAAAAAACUUCAUUUCCUAGCAAGAUCCAGAAUGUAUAUUUUAAGGCGUAUUUAAGAAUGGCAAAAAUACAAAGAAAGGGCUUAGAAAUCCUAGUCAGUGUUACUCAAGAAAAUCUAAGCACUGUGGUGGACAGACAGGUAUUUUGGAUUUAGAAAUGAAGCGUCAGUAGUAUCUGGUCUCUGUGACCAUUAGAGGAUUCUUGAAGGAAGGAAGGAAGGUCGGAGCUUAUAGAACUGUUUGUCCACCCUUUGUGUAAAGUUAAAACUAUCUUUACAAUCUUCAGUUGUCUUAUAAAUCGAUUUUUGCACAGAUUCUCUGAUCCCUUAAGCCUUAUGAGUUGAAUGUGCAGCACCUUUAACGUGCCUGGGUCUGUUGUUCCCCCAGGUCCUAUUUUUCCCCCUUGGGCUUUAAGUGUUCUUAACCAAGAAGAUUACCUAUUGUUUCUCUAAAUGUGCUCUCGCUGGGCACAGAGGGGACUGCUCAAGUGAGGUUAUAAUUCCUGUUUGCCCCUGGGCGGUUGCCAGCACAAAGAAAGGCAUGACGGGAAGUAGUUUGGUUACCUUUCACAACAGGUGUCUUUGUUGGUGCUAUUCAGCUAUCAGAGUGGCAGCACUGAGUCACUGCAGAAAGGGAAGAGGGGAAGCAGUUGCUCUGGCUUUCACAUCUGGAGAGCCACGCUGCGAGGUAAACCUCCAAGUCUGCUGCCCUGAUGAAAAUAUGACGAGGUCCACGCUAUCUUUAAAAAUACUACUGAAAAGAUAGAAAGGAAUUCAAAAGAAUUACUCAGAAGGGAGAGAAAUUCUUUUUUUCCCCCUUCCGUCUUCAGGAGAUAAAUUUUAACUGCACCAAGAAUUCUAUAAAUUCUGAGAAAUAAUAAUGGCUUAUCAUCUUUUUAUUUUCUAAGAAUAAGGAAAAAUAAGCACUGAUUGCUUUAAGAAAAAUUGCUCUUCUUCCAAGAAGAAUCUUCAUGUGAAUAAUAAUGAAGAGAUGAACUGUUUGAAACUGAGUUACCGAGGACGUAACAUAAAUCAACUUUUGUUUGGGAGGAAUUUCAUAUAGGCUAUUUCUAGUAAGGAACCCUUCUUCUUUCUAUUUUCUGAAGUGUAAAGAAGAUUCCCGGCCUGGUGGUCUCAUGCGCUGGGUUGAGAAUGCAGGUGUUUUUGGUGUACACUUCCUGCAGAGAUAAGAGACCUUGUGGUUUCCACUGGGGGUGAAUUACUAGGCAAGUCUGUGAUAGCAGCUGCCUUUUCUUUUUUCCUCCUCUCUUACCCGCUGGGUUUUGACACCCAGCCCCUGGCUCUCAAGUGGGUGUGUGCACUGAGCUGCCCUAAGACCGUUUCCCUGGAUAGUCUGGUCUGGAGCUGGGGCAGCAGCAGCUGCUGUGAAGAAGCCAACUGGCAAGAUGAUGGAAGAAAUCUCCAUUAUGGUAGCCUAUGACGCCCAUGUUUUCAGCCAGCUGCAUGAUGAAGACUUCCUCACUAGCCUGGUGGCCACCAGCAAGCCCAGGUCCAUGGUACCAACCAAAAAGCUGAAGAAAUAUGAAAAAGAAUAUCAGGCGAUGCGGGAGAAUCAGCUGCAGCAGGAGGACCCAAUGGAUAGAUACAAGUUUGUAUAUUUAUAGGUAACUCCAGCUGUUGAAUUUAUACUGGGAAUCUUCAUGAGAAGCUGAAAGAAAGGGAAAAAGAAAGUGGCUUUCUGCUUUCAAAAUUGAGGAAAAUAAACCAGAAAAUGCCAAAAGUACUGUUUUAGCAGUGCACGUUCACUUCCACAGAGACUUUUAGGUGGGACUGUUCCAAGACACUCUCGAGGAUAUUGCAAACUUGUCCCUGACUAUAGCACAUGUUAAAAAUACAAAUUUAGAAGAAAAAAUAAAAACCAAAUGGUGUAUCAAGCACAGUAAUGUGAUUUCCACAAACAAAUCAUAGGUAAUAGUGAUAUUUGCAUGCAGUUUGAGAAUCAAAAUUAUCUCAUUCAUAGCUUCAUUAGUUCAGGUCUAUACAUUUAUAUUGCGUAAAUGGUCAUGUCAAGCCCAGAUUGCCAUGUGGCAAUGCGAUGGGAUAGGAGGAUCAUUCAUGUCCAGGAGUUUAAAACCAGGAGCAUAGUGAGACCCCAUCUAAAAACACAACAUAAAACGACGACAAAUGUCUCAUGGAGCCCAAAGAAGCUGUACUACAACUGAACUGUAACUGCCUUGCACCCUUUUUCUGUUAAAGCAGGCAUGUAUAAACACUUAUAAACAAUAACAUUAUUUGUAAAGUUUCCACUGAGAUAAAAUUAAACUUUUAAAAAUCGGUGUUUUAAGUUCUAGUAUUGUAGGGUAUGGCUCUUUGUUUGGUGUGGGGUUUCACUUUGACAGGGUCUUGCUCUGUAUUCCAGGCUGAUCUUUAUCCAGACCUGUGCCACCAUCCCCAUGCUGUGGUAACUUUUAUCUGCACAUGUCACAUGCCCUUUAUCGCUAUUUUUGUAUUAUUAUAGUUUUCUAAUAUAUUCUGUAAUUAAUAUUUCUGUAACUGUUUUAUAAUGUGUAGGUUCCAGCGAUCUACUUGGCAAACUCACAGUCUUCAAGUUAUAAUUACAUUUCAGGGUAAUAAUUGCCAACAUAAUUCAGGCCAUGAGCAGAUUUUUUGAUCCUUUAGAUAUAGGAAAAUCUGGUGUAAGAAGUAAUGAAGGUCUGGAGAGAUGGCUCUGUCUGGUGAAGGCACACGUUUCCAAGCUGAUGACCUGACUUCCAUUUCCUGGACCCACAAGUGGAAGGAGAAAGCCCUGACCUUUAUACUCACACUGUGGCAUAUGUGUGCCCACAUAUAACACACAAAGACAUGCCAGCUGGCUGUGGUGGCACAUGUCUUUAAUCUCAGCACUCCAGAGGCAGAGGCAGGUGGAUCUGAGUUCAGGGCCAGCCUGGUCUUCAGAGUGAGUUCCAGAACAGCUAAGGCUACUCAGAGAAAGAAGAUCUUGAAGACACUGAAAGCUCACACCUGUUCAGUAACAAUUCCUUCUUUACCAUUGGAACCCAUAUUGCAUAAAUGGUCAUGUCAAGCCCAGAUUGCCAUGUGGCAAGAGUGUUGGGAAGACUGUGAGUAUUUAAAAACAAAAACAAAACCCAGAAAUGUCAUACAAUAAGCUGUUUCAAUUUGGUGCUAUUAUUUCUCCCACAUCUGAUGAUAUUGAAGAAGGGAAAUUGCAGAAAAGUACAGAUUGGCAUGGAAGAGCUAAGAGUGCAUAGGUUACUCUGCUCUCAACACAUGUGCUUUUUGCUGGAUAAAUCUAAACAAGGGCCUAGGGGUAUACCUCAGGCAUUGCCUAGUAUGUAUGGGAUCAUAGGUUCAGUGCACAGGAGCUUGCAACUUCAUGCCUCCCAUCUGACCAUGCUCUCUGUGCCCAUUGCAUUGUCAUUUGAUAUUGCUGGACUCACUUACAUGCAACACUUCAGUUUCAAACCAGGAAUAAAGAGAAGAAAUGGUGUUGGUAUAAAUUUGUUUUAAAAUUCUACGCAUGGUGAAAUGUUCAGCAAUUGGGUAGUGGUGAUGUCUAUACAGUUUCAUGUAACUGAAUUGAAUACUAAAGUAUGAUUUUUGUCAGACAUGGUGAUAAAUGUAAUGCUAGCACACAAGAGGCUAAGGGAGAAGGGUGAAGUGUUUGAAGCCAGCUUGAGCUACAUAUUGAGACCAUGACUCAGCAAUCCCUCUUUAAAAAUCACAUGAUUUAAUAGCAUGUAAGUUACAUCGAAACAAGACAAAUGUUCAAGAAUAUUGGCCACCCUCUUUCUCUUCUUUCUCUGUCUGUCUGUCUGUCUGUCUGACUGUCUGUCUGACUGACUGUCUCUCUCCCUCUUUUAGUUUUGUUUGUGUGUGUGCUUGUGUGUGUGCACACACAUGUAUAUGCAGAUGCAUGCACAAGUGUAUGCAAAUGGGCAUGGAGGCACAAAUGUCAAUGUCUGGUAUCUUCCUCAGUUACUCUCUACCUCAGCUUUGGAGGUAGAACUCAGUUUUGGAGGUCACUAAUUUCGCUCACCCAUAGCUGCUCUGUUGCUGUUUGUUGUUUGCUUCCUCUUAAUGUAGGUGCCAGAGACUUAAACUCAGGCCUUGAGGUUUGCAUGGCAAGCACUCUACCAGCGGAGCCAUUUCUCCAGCCCUACUCUUUCUCUGUGAGACAGUGUCUCCCAUGUCAUAGGCUGGGCUUGAACUCACUGUGUAGCUGAAGAUUAUUAUGUCAGACAUCUGAACCUCUUGCCUCUACUUCCUGAGUGCUGAGACUACAAGAAUAAACCACCAUGCCCAGUUUAUAUGAUGCUGGGAACUGAACUUAGAAUCCAGGGAUUCUUGUGUGCUAGGUAAGCACUCUGCCAUCUGAGCUGCAUCCCCGGUCCUUCCAUCAUUUCUUUCGUGAGCCACAAGUAACUUGUAUCAAAAUACAAUACUCACGUAGAAGUCAUACUUGUGCAAAUUUUGUCAAAUUCAAGCUAACUAAAGACUUUUGAUUAUUAAUUUUCAGGUAGAAUAUUUGGAGUCCCCCCCCUCCUCCCCCCACAUAUAUACACUGCCUAAUCCAGCAUCAAAUUUGUACUGAGAUGCAGAGAACCCUCAAAAAACUGCUUACAGCCUUUAGUGGAGUCUCUUUCUGCUUAAUUCCAGAAGAUUCCAAAAGAGAAAAAGGAAACUUUCCAGGAAAUGAGUAUUCAGUAUUAUUUUAAAACCUUUUUUAUCUUCCUCCUUAACCUGAUCAAAUGUAUGCAAUAUUGGUUUUUUAUCUGAUUUUUGGUUUGUAAAUUUGAUUGAGUUCAAAUGGGGUGAAAUAUGAGCUAUAGAUGUGGCUAAUGAUGUCCCCCAAAUAUACAUUUGUGAAUAGGUAUAUCUAUGUUAUAUCACUUCACUUAUCAGUGAGCAAACCCACCAAAGCAUAUAAGAAUGUUAGGGACCAGUAUCCUUCUCAUACACUGAGUACAUGGGUCACUUUCAAUGUGCGGAAGAGCUUCAGUGGUCUGGCCAGCUGCUGAGGCUUCUAGAGAAGUGCAGCCUUUUACAGAAGGAUGCACUGUUUCUCUUGUUUAAUUAAGACAUGCUGAUGCUAAUGCAGGUCAGGCCUUCGAAAACACAAGUAAUUAAUUAAAUGCAGUGAAUUUCCCAAAGCAGAGUAAAAGCUACCUGUUCUGUAGGGAAAGAUCCUGGGAAGAGCGUGGAAUGCUUAAACUCUGUUGGGCUUAAGAUAUGUAUAGUAUCAUAAAUAUGUAAUUUAGAGCUUAGCUAUCUAGCCAUUGUCAAUAUGGUUAAAUGUAGAAUAUUUAACUGCCUUUGUGAGCUUAAUUAGGUAUAGUAAAUUUUUUAAAGCCAAAACAUAAGUCUAAUCAGUAAGUCAGUGGUGAAAGGCUUGCCUAGCAGGAAGCCCCUGGGUUUGGUCCCCAGAACCACAGAACCAAUCCAAAUCUGAACAGAAUAUAAUUCAGAUAGAAAUGAUUCUUCUGGGCUGGAGAGAUAGCUCAGAGGUUAAGCACACUGCUUGCUUUUCCAGUGGUCUUGAGUUAAAUUCCCAGCAACCCCAUGGUGGCUCAUGACUAUCUAUAAUGAGCUCUGGCUCCCUCUUCUGGCCUGCAGGUAUACAUGCAGGUAGAACACUAUACAUAAAUAAGUAAAUGUUUAAAAAAACAAAAACAAACAAACAAAACCCUAGGGACCCAGUAUUUCUAAAUGACGUGACUUUACGGGGGGGGGGGGGGGGAAGAAGUGAUUCUUCUAAUGAGUUCUGUAAAUCAUACUAAGUUUUUCUUUCUUACCUGAGAAAGAGAAGGAGGUAGCUCUCAUGUUGUUUUUUACAUUAGUGUGUUAGGCUUUCCUUACUAAUGGAUGUCAAAAGACAUAAAUUUACUGUGGAAAAAAUGUUGUUCUUCCAUUGAAAAGUAUCAUUAUCUGUGCUAUUUCUUCCUUACCAUAGAGACUGGUAUUGGCUUUGGGAAUACCUAUCCUGUCAACUAAGGUGCUAAUGAGAAAUAACAGACAUGAAGAUGGUUUCUGUUUGUCUGCAAUAAACAGAAUUUCCUUAUCAUGAUGUUAAAUGGCAGAAGGUCCCGAAUUCUUCCCAGCCUGGAAACACUUCCCUGUUGCUGUACCUGCUGAAAAGUGUGGCUAAGGAGUCUGCCCGUGACUCAGUUACUUCACGCGUACAGCUCCUGAAAGUGCGAACACAAGGGAAUUUUUUAGUCUGUUUAUCCUUGAUUUCCCCCAUCUUCCAAUGUUUUUCUUAGGAACUUUUUAUUCCUGUUAUUGUUGAGAAAAAAAGUAUGACGAUAAUGUUUCUAUAUCAUCUGUAACUGAUUACUCUUUGUUUUUUUUUUAUUUUAUUUUUGAAGAUAUGGUCUCGCAUUAACACAGGGUGACCUGAAAAUCUAUGCACUAGAAUAGAAAGCCACAGUAGUUUGUGGACCAAAUCUGGAUGAUUGGUGUAUUGUGUUUUUGUUUGCUCAUGACUGCUUCUGCACAGUGACUGUCAUGUCAGCAUGGAAACGUGGUCUGUGGUGCUGAAAUGUUUCAUCUCCUUUGCUAAAAUAUCACCUAAGGUUGCUGGAGUUUUGUUUUUAGUAUAAAAAGAAAUGCAGUGUGUUUUGCUACCUGUAGUUAUUUUGUUUUUCGUUUGAUACUUUAAAUGUCUAAAUUUCCAUAAGAAAGAUGAAUUGAAUGUUAUGUGAAAGGAAGAAAGCAUCCAUUGGGGUCCAAUAUCCAGAAGUUUCUCUCAACUCUUCAUUUAUAGGUGAAAUCAAUAUCUAAGCACUUCAUCUGUAGCCAUUUAUCUUUGUAGAUCAAAAAACUGUCUUCUGAAAAUCUGAGGAUGAUGAUCAACUCUUUUUAAAAGAAGCAUCCAAAAGACAGUGUGGAAAAGUUGGUGUUUUGUUGCUUAUAAAAUUGUGUUGGGUCUCUGAGAGAAAUGUUUUCUCCUGACCCUUAAAUAUUUUUAUAUGUGCCAAGAACUCACCAUAGCAGCAGGAAACACACCCAAGACUGUGUGUGAGGUUUAUGGAGCCACUGCCUCUGCGUCACUUUUUCCCUGAAAGCUGAGUUCAUUUUCUUCUCCUUGCCAGUUAGCAUGUCUCUGGUUUCUCCUUGACAUCCUUUAGAUGGCUUCACCAAAACUUCAGCCUCCAGAAACAAACAGGAACUAGGCAUAGUUUUCUAUUUGCUUUCCCUGUUUAGCAAUUUCAGAAACCAGCUAUUCUGAAAGGCUUCUGAUACUGUCCUAUGAGGAACCCCCUGCCCCCAGCAUUAACACAAAAUCAACAAGUCAUCUGUAGUUGCUAAUGUUUCCACACACGGCAUUUUCAUUUUCAUAAGUCAUGCAAACUGCAAAUAGCAGUGUGGGAAGGGAGGAGUUUUCAAGCCUGAGUCUUCUGCGUUGAGACUUGCCCACUUGCCUCAAGUAUACUCUUCCAUUGAAUGUUUGCAGUCACGGAGAGAACUUCACUGAGUGACAUUCUGGACAAACAGCGAAGUAUUAACAAGUGUCUGUUUCUGUUGCUGCUGUUUCCUAAAUGUAUUAGUAGGUGUGAAAUUUCACUGGAUAUUCCUUUUUUAUUUUUUUCAAUUGUCUUUGUACCUAUGGUUGAAAACAGUAGUUGGUCUUUGACCUUUGAGGAGAGGGAGAACCGAAGAUUACAGGAGGCCAGCAUGAGGUUGGAACAAGAAAAUGAUGACCUUGCCCAUGAACUAGUGACAAGCAAAAUUGCUCUGCGGAAUGACUUGGAUCAGGCAGAAGACAAGGCUGAUGUGCUGAAUAAGGAGCUCCUCUUUACCAAGCAGAGGUUGGUGGAGACUGAGGAAGAGAAGAGGAAGCAAGAGGAGGAGACCGCCCAGCUAAAAGAAGUCUUCAGGAAACAGUUAGAAAAGGCAGAAUAUGAGAUAAAGAAGACAACAGCUAUCAUUGCUGAGUAUAAACAGAUAUGUUCUCAAUUAAGUACCAGGCUGGAGAAACAGCAAGCAGCCAGCAAGGAGGAGCUAGAAGCAGUAAAGGGUAAGAUGAUGGCAUGCAAACACUGCAGUGAUAUCUUCAGCAAGGAAGGAGCUUUAAAGCCAGUGGCCGUAAAUAGAGAGGACCAGGGACUUGAAGCAGAUGAUGAAAAGGACUCACUUAAGAAGCAGCUGAGGGAGAUGGAACUGGAACUGGCACAGACCAAACUGCAGCUGGUGGAAGCCAAGUGCAAAAUCCAGGAACUUGAGCAUCAGAGAGGAGCGCUUAUGAAUGAAAUACAAGCUGCAAAAAACUCUUGGUUUAGUAAAACCCUGAACUCUAUCAAAACAGCCACAGGCACUCAGCCACUACAGCCGCCACAGGCUCCCCAGCCACCCAAGGAGAGCACAUAGUUCCAGCCUCAGCCAAGCACAAGAGCACAAUGAUCAAAACAUCAGAAACCAAGAAUUUUUCCUGUUGUCCCUUUGAAGAAACUAAAGGAGACCAGAAAGCAAGUUAGACUCUUUUCAGUAGCUCUGUCUUUGAUGGAUGACAUUUUUUCAGAGGGAUGUUAUUUAAACUGACCUGGUUUAUGUUGAAUAUCUAUUUCCCAGCUUCUUCAUGGAAAACCACAUUCAGCUCCAUCAUAUUACACAUUGUGUUUUAUAUGCCUGAAAUUUAGUUGGAAAUGAGUAAUCUAAAACUAAAUGCUUUUGUUUAGAAUUAACUAUUCAUAAUAAAUUUUAUCUUACAUAAAAAUGAAGACAUGUUAUCCCAAGGUUGAAAUGGUAAGAUCUUUGUCACAGAAGUCUGUUUUUUAAAGGGAAACUAAACCUCUUUUAACGUUCCAGAAUUAUUCAUAUAAAGCACACCGUGGGGCCGCACAUGAUCACUGACAGGUUUCACUCUGAAAGUGACUUCCAGAGUAGUGUUACUCCUGUCCAAGAAAAGAACAGACCAGGGGUUGAUUUGAAAGUUUCCCUCCAAGUAUUUUGAGUUGGUUACAUUUGGAAAUGGAGGGCCAAUAGCUGUGGAGUAGAUGGACUACUGCACUCUAGAUAAAUAAAAACUUUAAAUAAAUGUGCAAAAAAAUCAUUUGGCUCUGGUAUUCUAGCAGUUCCUUUUAAAGACUCCACAUGGGGCUUGUUCUCCUGAUGUGCCUAUGUAUCAUCACAGAGGUGACUUGUGGAAAGUGUAACCUCGAAGAUGGAUAUUCUAAGUUGCAGACUUAGGGCUCCUUCUCUGGAGAAGUCUAAAAGCCCAUGUUCAAGCAUUGGACUUCAGAUGAAACAGUGAUGAGGCAAUGGGUAAUGACAAACUUGUUAAGGCCAACACCUAUGCUCUGUACCUUUUUAAAGGAUGUGAUGUUGCCAAGGAAGUUGAGGAGAUCUUCCCAGCACCUUAGUGUUGGGCAACUUUCUUAACUUACUCCUUAACUCCCAAACGGUGUCUCACACCUGGGAAUAAAGAGAAACAAGUACAUUUUUCACAUUUUGGAUUGACUAAACCUUUAUAGAAAUUCUUAACUCAUGGACUGGAAGGGUAGCUGUUAAAAAAAUGGUGCAAAUAUUUUUUUCAAUUAUAUUUGACAUAUCUGUAUAAAUAGCCCUUGCAAGAAAUUCUUUGGAAAGAACAAAACUAAUUUUUCCAUUUUCUAAGCUACUCUAAUCCCUUUAUAGCAACCAAACAACUGUCAAUCAUGUACAGUAACAUUUGUUUAUAUUCAUCUUUAGCUUCAUUGUUAUUCAUACUGUUUCCAAAGUAUCUUCAAGUAUGGAGUGCCACCAUGGUUCUCCUCUGUGCCAUAUAUUGUAGUAACCCACUCUGAGAGAGACCUCUCAACCCCUGCCUUCAUGUUGCUCAUGACCAAUCCUUCCUCUAAGAUCAUUUCUGAGUUCUAGUAAGUGUAAUUUCUUUAUUCUCUAGAUAUCUGUAUCAUCUACAGGUCAUAAAACUGAUGCUGUUUUUUGAUAUGUCACACUUACCACACAAUGCUUUCCAUAUAGAAAUUUGUUUUUCUCUGAUAGCUUUCUUCAGAAGAUUCGUUUCUUCUUACCAAAAGGGCAAUAAGCCAGCACUCCUGAUAUCUCUGUUGACUUUAACAUUCCCUACAUAGUGGUUUAGAUAAGCUAUUUUUUUCAUGUAAAAUAUAAUGGCUUGAACAUUAAAUCAUUUCUGUCAAUCAUUUAGUGCAGCUACUUAGCUUUAUUGGUACUGUGUGUUUUGAGACCAGAAAGCCUGGCCAGCUAAAUUAAGGUGCAUUUUUGUGGACUUCUAAAUACCACCCACAGAUCUUUUUAACUUCUGAAAAUAAAUACAUUCCACAGAAUACCGAAGUUGCAAAUUUUCCAUAAGUGGUAAAUGAGAGAAACAGAAUGGCUCUAGAUCAAGUCUUUAUCUGUUCAAGCCACUUUCUUUUUUUCUCUUUAAGCAAAAUCACCAGGAACAUAUGCUUUAAGAGUUAAAUAUAUCUUUUGAGUUUUCAUCUAACUCUUCCAAAAGACGUAAUGGCAAUACAUAAUCUUUUCUGUUCUCCAGUAUCAUAUAAUAGUGGGGCAUGUAUAUUGGUAUCAUAUCUAAGCUGCCCAGCAUUACACUGUCUUUGAGUUAAUAACAGAAGUAAAGUCAAGAAGUAGUGACUGCUUGUUUACUGUUUUACCACAGCAGUGUCCGACCACAUAUUCCUCACCAUUGCUUGAGAACUCCAGAAUGCCAACAUAAAGCAACUAACUCAUCUCACUUUCACUUACUAUUUUAUAUAUUUGAUAAUUGAAACUUUUUUUUCUUGAGACAGGUUCUACUAUGUAGUCUAGGCUAGCCUUGAAUUUAGAACCUUCCAAGUGCUGAGAUUACAGACAGACAUCACAACAGCUAAAAUGAUUCUUUUGAAUUCCUUGUAUAAGAGAUAAACCAGCCAAGUAUCCCAAGAUAUUUUCAAACAUGGUAGUUUCUUUCAUCCUUCCCUAAGAGUUACAUGAUAGUAAACACUCCUGAAAUGCUGACAUUUGCAGCAUCUAAGAGGUGAUCGAUCCUUCCUCUUUUUGUUGAGUACUGUAGAAUACAAUGAAGAUUCAACCCAUUGGCUUUUAUAACUUGGAGGUCUCUUUUAGUAUAUUCUUGAAAGCUGAAAGACACUAAGCUGGAUUUGGAGUGCAUAUGUUUAGUACACAUCCUGAGCCAAGUCACAGUUUGUUUUUUUGUUUUUUUAGAACUUGUAAUUUAAUGCAAAUAAAUUCUUGGUUCACUACACUUCAGUAUGAGUGCCUAUCAGAAACAGUAAUGGGAAAGCCACAUAGGCCACAACCUAUCUUUUCAUACAAUAUCUGUCUUCCUUUCACUGACUAUUAAGUAAGUAAUUUCUUCUUUUUGGUCUUCUUUAAUUUACCUGGUAAAGUUGAGAAGAUCCCUUUGUACUGAUGAUAGGAGUUUAGUAUUUGUUUUAUUUCAUAUAUUUUGAAAAUGUUCACUUUUCCCUACAAUGUAUAUUUAUUUGUCUUCAACCCUUGCUCUAGCUAUUGAAUUGGGUAAUUAGUGGUUUCAACUAAAGUGAUAAAACUGAAACAAUAUACAGGUAAGAGGGCACAGCAGAUAAAAGAGCUUUAAAGUAGUCGCCUAGGUCAGUGUUGGUGACAGUGUUGCACACCCACAAUCCCAACACUCAGGAGACUGAGGAAUAGUCAUGCCUGUGAGCUCCAGGCCAACUUGGGCUACCCAGUGAGUUCCAAGCUAGCUAGGAUUACAUAGCAAGGCCCUAUUUAAAAAAAAAUAGUAACAAAAAACAAAUCAAAUGUAUGGCUAAUAUCAGACUAAGUAAGCACUCUUCUGCUCUCACUGAAACCGUCUUUGCUAAUGAACUCACCAGCCCUGUGCAUCAAACACGAAGGUGGUUGCUUGUGCAUUAGGACUCCUUUAAGUGGACAAAGAGGUCACUUUUAAAGGACCUAGUUUUAUCUUCUAAGAAAGACACUUAGAAAGAUGAUUGUAUUACAUAACUUAUUCUUUAUAAUACUCUAUUCUCUUGCUUUAAUAUCUAGCAAAUGAGAUAAUGAACAAUUCUGUUGUAUGAUUUGAAUAGUUAGGGAUGAGUGUGGAUGUGUGCACUGUGUAUGUGUGUGUGGUAAAAUUUUAUAGAGUAUAUGAUUCUUUUGUUUACCUAGAUACCAUGCAACCAAAUACACAUUAGACUUUGAGACAUAAUGUUCAAAACUGGAAUCCCAGAUAGCAUCUCUGUGGCCUGUUUUCAAUGACCAUGAAUAAAACUCUUGUCUAGUCUUUGUGCUGGGGUCACAUUCAAUACAUUCUUCUUUUCUCAUGGUGGCUUAUAUGUAAUACAUGCAAGGCACUUUACAUUACCCAUUUCCUUACCGUUAAAGCUCUGCAAACAUGAGGACUCCCAUAUAGACUAUACCUCAACAGGUGAUGCUGAUCUUGAAUUAUAAGAAGAAAAAGUAGAUGCUUAUAGAAUUUUAGUGAUUACAGUCAGCUGUCAUGUGUAUCAGUCUUAAUUUCCUCUUAAAAAACAAAACAAAAUGAACUACAGCUUAAACUUACCUCCAACAAAACAUAUCACUUGCUAUAGAACUAUCUCCAUCAAUAUGUCCCCUCACUGUGCCCUCAUCUCUGGUUUAUCAUUUACAGUAUUUGAAAAACAUUUAAGAAAAAUGAAUCAUUGAGAAGAAAAUGAACAUUACUUUUUAUUGACAACUUAUUAACACAAGAGUCCUUUCACUAACCUAUAACUUUACAUAACAAUAUUACAUAUGGAAAAUAAUCAAAGAAACUGAUUUGUGAGGAUAAGUGCAUCAAAAGACUAUUGUCAUAAAAGCACAAGAAUAAAGAUGGAGAUGAUCCCAGAAUCCAAGAAGUCCCAAUAGCCUCCUGCAUUGGUUUUACUAUUCUUGGCAUUUUGCAUAAUGCAUGGAUUCUUUGUUCAAAUUAGGGAAUCGGUUUUUGUCAGCCCUAUUUCUUUCUUUGCAAGUCCUGCCUUUCCCUUAACUGAGGAGGUAAUAUAAAUCCUAUGCUAUUUUUAUGAAAUAUGAUUUUCCCCAGCAUCUACAAUAAAAACACGUUAGAAUAAAGGAGUUGACCAGUCUGGAAAAUGCUAAUUGACCAUAAAAUCAACAUUAGCCAUCAGCCUCUUCCUCUAUAAACACUGACCAAUUACUUGUUUCCAUAAUGACAUGUAUUAUGUAUAGUACACUCUAUUAAUGUAAAUGUGAUGCUUGUUAAGAAAGUGCAAUUUAUUGUACAUUGUCCCAACAAAUGUUUACUUUUAUAAUCGUUAUGAGCUUGUAUUGGAUUGGUAUCUUGUUUAGAUGUGUGAAUGAAACCUUGUGAAUAAACAAAUGUGACCAAGAAGGUAACAAGGUGGCUGUUUUGUGAGCCAGUGACGUUUUCAAUGCUUUGUGUUGCCCUUUGGUUCCAUUAAAAAGUAAUAAACAUUUCUUUUAAAGUG